CUGAACACUCAAUACAAAUUACGAAGACACCCACCAACUGCAGGAAGACUCUGUUUCAACGUGCUUCAUCCUCAAUCUGACAUGAACCCACCUAGCCUCCUCCCAUUGGGCAACAUCUCCCACGCGCCACCUUGGUGCGUUGAUCUUGACUAUGAACAUAUUGGUCCCAGCAACUCUGAUACUCUGAGGUAAUUAAUUUUGUCCAAAAGAGAGGAGCCAAUUUACAUCAGCAUCCACCACCACAACCAUAGAUGGAUGGAGAGAUAGAUACACAUAUACGUACAAAGCACACCUAAACAUUCCAGACAGCAACAUCACCGCCACUUCCACAGCCACCGGUGCCACGUCAUCACCGCCGACAUGGGUGCUGCAGAGCCUGUAAAACAACCAUCUUUACCAUUCAACAAAUUUUCUUGUUUUGUUGUUGUUGGUCGUGUAAAUGCCAAAAAGGUCUGAACUUUGGUGUGAUAUGCAGGUGGUGGAGAGAGAAAGUGAAGAAGUUGAGGUGAGAGGGGAAAAUGGGGAGAAGAAGGAAGAGGGGGAAGAGAGAGAUGUUGAGAAAGGUGAGGAGGUGGGUUUUGAAUAUGAAGAACAGGCGGUGGCUGCAGAGAGCAACACCAAUGAUGACCAUAAUCAGAGAGAUGUUCAUAUGUCAAUGAUGCAUAGGCUAAAUCCUACAAACCCUUUGAGAAUCGUCAUCAAUAGUAACACCAGAGCUGCAACUCCACCUCCUCCUUCUCGGUUCUCUCAUGGAAGUAAUAAUAUCAGAGUUGGUGCUACUCCAUCUCCUCCUCACUUCUCUCAUACUCCCCCGCAUUCUCAGCCUCGUUCUACACCAAACCCACAACCAUCUAUUACAACACUGAAUUCAAGAAAAUACACCAACAAGAUAUCUCUGUUCCUGUUCCUUCUACACAUGGUUGCAGCUAUUGGGCUUGUUGGUUUUCUUAUAUUCAAGGGAGUUCAGGGGCUGAUAGAAGCAUCUGACAACAGAGUUAAGAGAGCAGAGAAAAGAGUUUUAAAGUUUUUUCUACCACAAGUUGAAGCUGCAUCUCUUUUAAGCAUUACCCUUGCAUUUGCAUGGCAAAAGGCAGUGAGGGUGUGGCCUAAAUUUUUUGUUCAUUUCAUAUUAUGGACCACUUUUCUCAUGUCUCUGUCUGCUGGAAUUCUACUAAUUUGCUUCCAAAAGCCUGCUAGUGAUGGCGUUGGGGUCUGUUUUAUUGCUUUUGCAAUAGGCAAUGGCUUAUAUGCAUGUUGGAUAUCGCAGCGGAUUGGAUUUUGUAGCAAGAUAUUGAUCAAAUCACUCGAACCAGUAUCAAAGUUCCCUGAUUUGAAUCAACCCAUUUAUUGGAUGCUUGGGGUUGGAUUUUUGUGGAUGUCCCUAUGGAAUCUAGCAGUAAUUGGAGCUCUGAAUUUCUAUUUUACCCCACUGAUGAUAGUUUUGCUGGGAUUGAGCUUGGCUUGGACAGCCGAAGUAAUGAGGAAUGUGGCAAAUAUAACCGUGAGUAGGGUUAUUUCUCUGUAUUAUCUCAGAGGAAUGCAAUCUAACACUAAAUUUUGCUUUCAAAGAGCCUUGAGUAAAAGUCUUGGAAGUGCAUGCUUUGGAUCUCUCUUUGUGCCUGCAAUUGAAACCCUGAGAAUUGUUGCUCGAGCCUUAAAUUUACUUGAGGGAGAAGAUGAGUUCAUGUUUUCUUGUGCACAUUGCUGUCUCAGAGUCAUGGAGUCCAUCUUCAGAUAUGGCAAUGGCUGGGCCUUUGUACAGAUAGCAGCAUAUGGGAAGGGUUUUGUGAAGGCGUCACAAGACACUUGGGAGCUCUUUGAAAGACAAGAAAUGGAACAAAUUGUUGAUUCGGAUAUUACCAGCUCAAUCUGCUUCUUAACUGGCGUCUGCAGUGGCUCUAUGUGUGUCAUAGUUGUGGCUGCUUGGACAGCCAGAGUUCACCAAAGUUUCACAGCCACCAUUUCCAUCCUUGCAUUCUUCAUUGGAUACCUUAUGACCAGGAUAGCCAUGACACUACCACAUGCUUGUGUAGGUAGUUACCUUGUUUGCUAUGCAGAGAACCCAGACAACAGAUUAUUUGACAACACAAUUAAGGAUCGUCUGGCUUUGAUGAAAUCUGGUCGAGAUGUAGCCAUCCUCACACCUCGAGUACCUCGCAGGUUUGCAGCAAGGUAAAACAUAGUGACACUGCCAUUAACUCCUCCCACUGCAGCACCACCAUUUGCGCUCUCACAUAGAAGUGUGAAGGAGUGCAGGAGGUGUUUUGGCACUCCCAAACAUAGUUCCGGCCCUGAUUUACCCUAGUUGUACGAUAUUAUCAGGGCAUCGGAUAUAGUUCGGACGGAUUUUUGCACGUGCAAGUUAUAUAUUUACUACCUCUUGUAACAUGUAUGUGUGGUCCAUCGCGUGCAUGACAAUGGAAAGUAUGUAUGUGUAGCUGGCACAUACAAUAAUUUUAGGGGAGUCGAGGAAUCAGCCACAAAUGAGCUCAAAGUUAAAAUUACCUACAAUUGCAAGAGUGAGUGAUGGUGCUGGUGAUCAAAGGUUUUUUGAAUGGGAGAGUUGAGCAUUAUUGGAUGUACUGUUGGAAGAAACGUGCAGGCACUGAGAUUCCACCCAACAAGGCUUAAGAGGAAGUGUCCCUUGCUCCUUGUCCUUUUGAAUAAUGUAUGUACUUUUGGCAUAUACCAUAUGCUAAAAAUGGCCCACCGUUAUUUUAUUAUCUUCACCUUGUUCAAAAAGACCCACCAUUAUUUUUCUAUAAUUAUUCAUUAUUUAAUUCUCUCUGAUCUCAAUCUUGUAGAUAUGCCCUCGAGUUUCGUAUGUUUAUGGUAAAGACUGAAAGUUUGGUUCAGCUUAAUUAAAUUAAUGCACAUUGUUGAUACUGACACACUGCUUUAGGUUGGCUAGGAUUGUUUAAUGUGUAUUGGCUGGCCUAUCUAUGCAGUGUCCCGAAUGAGGCAAUGAAUGAUAAACUAUUCAAUAGAGGACGUAGGUUGUCAUGUCAUGUGCCACGUGUAUUUAUAUCAAUAGGUUUGUAAACAAGUUGGUAGCUAUAGAAUUAUUGAUAAAUAAAUUAUUGAUUUGAAUUUUUUUUU